AUGACCUCCGCCAUCUCCAUCCCUAGCAGGCCGCACAAUGUCGUCGCCGCUUCCGUCUCACCGACUGCCUCUAACAUCCACGACCGCAUGCUCUUCCGCAAGGACUCGACCACCUUUGCCAUCCGUCAGCCCAAGGUUCUCCACCCCAUAGAGAACGAGGACCUUCGGUUGCUCAUCCUGGAAAAUAUCAGCCAAGAGGCCGUCAAGACCUUUCGUGAACAGGGCUUCCAUGUCGACCACUCGGCCAAGGCCAUGUCUGAGGACGAGCUCGUCGAGAAGAUCGGCUCCUACCAUGCCAUUGGCAUCCGUAGCAAGACCAAAAUCACAGAACGAGUGCUCAAGGCCGCGGGCAAGCUCCUGGUCAUUGGGUGCUUCUGCAUUGGCACCAAUCAGGUCGACCUGCUGAGCGCUGCGAAGGCCGGCAUCGCGGUGUUCAACUCGCCCUUCUCAAACUCCCGUUCGGUCGCGGAACUUGUCAUUUCCGAGGUCAUCGCACUCUCGCGCCAGUAUUUCGAGCGCGGAUACGAGAUGAAGAACGGCAUCUGGAACAAGCAGUCCAAGGGCUGCUGGGAGAUCCGUGGCAAGACCCUCGGCAUCGUGGGCUACGGGCACAUUGGCUCCCAGCUCUCCGUCCUCUCCGAGGCCUUCGGCAUGCGCGUGUUGUUCUAUGACGUCGUGAACAUCAUGCCUCUCGGCUCAGCGCGGCAGGUCGACUCCCUCGCUACCCUCCUCUCGGAGUCGGAUUUCGUAACGCUGCACGUUCCCGAGCUUCCUGAGACGACCAACAUGAUCUCGAAGGAGCAGCUCGCGCAGAUGAAGAAGGGUGCAUACCUCAUCAACAACGCGCGCGGUAAGGUCGUCGACAUUCCUGCGCUCAUCGAUGCGCUCAAGUCGAAGCACCUCGCCGGCGCUGCGAUCGAUGUUUACCCUGCGGAGCCCGGUGCGAACGGCGCCCCCUUCGACGACCAGCUCAACGCGUGGUCAAGCACCCUCCGCUCCAUCCCCAACGUGAUCCUCACUCCGCACAUCGGCGGCUCCACCGAGGAGGCGCAGCGCAUGAUCGGCGAGGAGGUAUCCUCCGCGCUCGUCCGCUACCUCAACUCUGGCACGACGCUCGGCACGGUCAACUUCCCCGAGGUCGACCUGCGUGCGAUCACGCUCGAGGAGAACCACGUCCGUGUAUGCUACGUGCACAACAACAUUCCCGGCGUCCUGCGCCAGGUCAACGAGGUCCUCUCACCGUUCAACGUCGAGAAGCAGUACUCGGACUCGAAGGGCGAGAUCGCGUACCUCAUGGCGGACAUUGCAGACGUCAGCUCGUCGGAUGUGAACUCGCUCCGCGAGCAGCUCAGCAAGACGAGCGCGAACAUCCUUACGCGUCUCCUCGCCUAGACACUCAUUCACCCCUACCCUACUCACUCCGCACUCGUCAGGACGUGCAUGCAUCCAUUCUGCCCCCUCCCACCUUCCUAUAUCCC